CUCAAUAUUGCAGACAAGUACUGGACAGAUUCUCGUUCGACGUCCGGAAGAAAAAAAUCUGUGCACAAUGAAACCCUCUUCAUUCAGGCCACCUUUUUACUAUUGCGAUCAACAACAACUGCAACAGUGCCACGAAGUGACAGCUUUGCAGGCCCUGGAAACAGGCUUGGCUCGACUUCGCGACAAACUCGCCACUUCCGGUCGCAUCGUCAGUGAGCAACUCGACACCGCGGAAGAGAAGCAGGCCUUUGCCCUCUUGUCCACGCUUCUCGACACGCCGCAAGUUAUUGAAUGCCCCGCCGAAAUCGCCAGAGUGUCGAGAAAAUUCGUGACGGUGACGUCGCAAGAGGGUUGCUUGGAUCCCUGGCUGGAUUCGGGACUGACACCCGACGUCGGCGACUGUUUGUGGUCCAGGUGCGACUUGAAUUCGACGACGACGACGACGAUGCCUUCGUAUUGCGUCGGACUGCGACAGGAAUCGAAUUUCGAUGCCGGCUUUGCAAUGUACAAUCCGACGAAAAAGGACCUCAAACCUUCGUAUCAGGAUGAAGACUUUGUGCUGGGACCCAAAGGAGACUGUUCUAGGACCUCCACUAACUUUGAAAGCGCAAGUGGAGUCAACAGCGGAUCUCGAAGCGCAGUUCUUAUUCAG